AUGAGGACGGGAGGAACCUGCUACUGUGACUUGUGCGUCGAAACGGCUGCCACCCUAUGUAAGCCGUGGGUUCGUCUUGACGGAGGAGCAUACACCGAAAACCAGAUCAAGCAAAGAGGUGAAUUCUCUUCUGAAACCUCCAACAAUAUCAUUUUUCCAAAUGCCGAUUCACUUAUUGCCAAAGCAGAACAGUACGAAACCAGCAGCCGUUCGUCCCCCUCGAAAACGCGCGAUACAAGGAUAUAUUGCCUAGAAUUCUGCAAAGCCUCCCUAAUCCGCGACAAAAAGAUUUCGGAAAACAUCACGACUCCAAAACUUGAUCGCAUUCUGCAGGCAGGAAGAUCAUCUGAUGCCCCCUGCAUACCGAUAUUUGCGAACUUGCCUCACAGCACUGGCACCUAUUCGUCGCUCGCGCACCAAAACCUAUGGCUUGUCCUCGAAAAGGAAAUACAAAGCUGGCCCCGGGCGGCAUGUUCCGAGGUCGAAUACAACCAGAAGGUCUUGGGCAUUGCAAACGAGUUUCACUUUAGAGACGAACACCUUGCAGAAACGCAUCCUGACGGCUAUGAGACGCAUGGGCAUGAAAUGCUUAAGCCAAGUGAAGUGGUCUCCGGUUUAGGUUUGCAAGGUUUGCGACGACAAGACACUCUGAAGGAGGAACUUCAACCCGACGCAGAGCAACUAGCAGAAGGACAUCAGCUCGGGGGGGCCGAAGGUGCAGCAUCCUGA